CCGGUUCCGCAGCUCUGUCAUAACCUGGAUCGUGUGCUGUUCAACCCGGGCGUUUAUCAGAUGCAGGAUGGCAGGUCCCACGUGUACAACUUCGACCCCUACCUUGCUUCCAUCAUGCCCGUCAAGGAAUUUGACUUUGACGCUCUCAGGAGAUAUGUUACAUCGUCCAAGGAUGUCAAGCUGCGACAGCUCAGCGCCUCAUAUGGAAUGAAGUACUGCGGCUCAACAUCCAGCAUGACUUCAAUCCUUUCCCAUUUCCAUUACCUGCUCUCCGCUUGGAGAAGACCUAACUUUGCGUUCUUGUCGCGGUCAAUAGAGCCCGAGUCAUACAACUUCACAGCAUUGAGUCGUGGCCCCGCUGCUGCUUUUGCACACUUCAAAGAUGGCACCUACGCGUUUGAUUCCGACAAAGAAUACGAUACGGAGAAUAUCCUGAGUUUAUUGGGAAAAUCGAUGGAAAAGCUCUUGACCCUACCCAGAGACGACUUCGAAAAGUAUCGGCGAUCAAAAUCCCACCAGUUGUCGGAUGAAGAGAGGAAUGCGCAGGACUCCUUUCACUACACGACUUUGGGAGACUUUAUGAUGCGGUCUCAGUUGGACGCGUACGAUCCUCGCCUACCCGGCUCCGGCAUGUUUGACCUGAAGACGAGAGCGGUAGUCGCCGUCAGGAUGGACGUCAAGGGAUAUGAGAAGGGGGCUGGCUAUGAGAUCCGGAAGAGAUUUGGCCAGUGGGAAUCCUUCGAGCGAGAGUACUACGACAUGAUCCGAACCGUGUUUUUGAAAUACUCUCUGCAGGUGCGGAUGGGCCGCAUGGAUGGCAUCUUCGUCGCAUACCAUAACACGCAGCGAAUAUUUGGCUUCCAGUACAUCAGCUUGGAUGAGAUAGAUGUCGCGCUUCACGGGACAUCCGAUCGACGUCUGGGUGAUCAAGAGUUCAAGGCAAGCAUCGCACUGUUGAAUGACCUCAUGGAUAGGGCUACUAAAAGGUACCCGGGGCGGACACUGCGACUGCACGUCGAGACACGGCCCACCAAGGUGCCUCUGACCUACUUUUUCGUGGAGCCGGUGACGGAGGAAGAGAUGACGAACACUCAGGAAGCUGGCAAAUCCUCUGUGGAAGAACUGGAGCGUGAGCUUCUUAACCUCAGCGAGACUGAAAACGCAGAAGACGCCGAGGUCGCUGAGGACGCCGACCGGACUGCGCAGGUCGAACCGGAGCAGUUCGACGAGGAAGCAGAGCAGCUCCCUGACGAGUCCAGCGAAAGGAGAGGACAGACACCAUCUGCAGACGAAGAGUCGAACGAAGAUGAGCUAGCCGACGAGGAAGAAGACGACGGCGAUGCCGAUGAACCAGAGCAAAAGGAUCGCGAGCUAUUGGGCAUGUACGUCACGAUUCGCAACCAGGUGAAUGGCGAGUACGUCGAGCGACCAACGGGCAUCAACAAGGAGGACGACUUUGACUGGUCGGUCGAAUACAGCAUUACCGAGUUGCCCGAUAAGAGGGCGCGGAAAAUCUACUCCAAGAUCAAGCAGCGGCGGAGAAAGGUCCUUACGCCGCAGUCUUCAGAAGGAUGGGAUUGGUACAAGAUGUUCCAGGGGAAGCUGCCGGCGCUGGCGAAGAAGGGAGAGCGUUUCAGGGAACUUCGCACACAACAGGAAGCAGGCGGGCCGGUGCAUGUUGCGUGGGAGCGAUCGGCUCUUCCUCCGGAUGCCUCUAAGCCUGCUAGCGGAGGUGGCGAGGAAGACAAAUGA